GUGCAUUAGUCCUUACGAUCCAUAAGUACGUCUGUUCUUCCCAUUCCUGUUGUCCAUAACUUGCUUCCUUAAAUAAUGGCGUGAUGACUGAUCGAGUAUCCAAGUCAGUUCCUCGCAAAACCCGUGAGCGCAACCUUCUUGCGUCGUUUAUUCUUUCUCACGGUUCUGAUUCCGAUAUGCCAUGUACUUAUUGCUUUCGGAAGAAGAUUCCCUGUCGAAUGGUGGAGGAUUCUUCUCGUUGUUAUGAAUGUGUUAAACGCGGUCGUUCUUGCGAUGGAGUCCUGGUGGCUUCUUCUUUAAUGAGAGUGUUGGAUCAGCAAAAGAAGCUGGAAGCGGAGGAAGAGGCUGCGGGCGAAGCCUUGGAGUCCCUUCAAUCUCAGCUUUCCGAAUUGCAAGUCAAGCUUUCUGAGGCGGUGAGCCGCCUGGCUCGNAUUCGUCGUACGAAGAGUAAGAUGAAGGAGCGGGGUAGUGAGUUGGUUCGUCGUGGAAUGCAGGAGUUGGAUGAAGAAGAUGGUGUAGUGAAUGAUCUUCAGCAUAUGGGGGUUCCUAACGACGUCGAUUGGUCCUCCCUUGGCGUUGGCCUGGAGUUCGCGGACCUUGGUCCGUUAAUCUCACAGAACGGAGAAACCUCUGUAUCGGCUCCUGAGAGUUGAAGUGUUCUUUUGGUUCCCAUGAGUUCUCUAGUUCAGAGUAUCCUUUCCAUUUGACAAGGUACUCUAUUUCGUUGGUCUCGGAGUUCUGGCGUAUAGCGAGUACUUCUUCAACUUCAUAUUCUUCUUCUUCGUCUUCAACAAUGAUUUCGUCUAAAAUAGGUCUUCCCGUGAGUUCGUCAACUUGUGCUUUUUCCAGUUGU